AUCCUUGUCUCCUUUUCCAGAAUGGCCCCUACGAAUCCUGAAACCUAGACCCAUGGACCCUCCAUUAUCAAGGAGAGCGAACUUCGAGAGAUGGCCGUGCUCCUGGGCAAGGGCUUCCGGGUCCACCAUCCCGAUGCCGUUGGGGGGAUCAGUCUAUCCUACAAUCCAAAUCCCCAGAAAUAUAUGGUCAUGCAGUACCACUCCGUGGAGAAUGGAUUUAGGUUGCCCCUCCACGGUCUGCUCCGCGAUCUCUGCCUCCACUUCGGAUUUGCCCCGGGUCAACUGACCGCCAACACGCACAAGUAUGUCGCGUCCUUCAUCUUGAGGUGUUGUGCCCUGGACAGAGUCCCAAAUUUGGAGAAAUUCCUUAUGCUUUUCAGUAUUGGGGGGUUCCCCUUCUAUAGCCUAUAUCCUCACAACCAUUUCCCAAUUUUUGAGAAGGUUGAGCUCAAGAUCGACAGAUGGUCACUAAAAUACUUCGUCAUAGAGUUCCCUGAUCACAGUCCCCUUGACCUUCCGGGUGCUAUUCUCCGGCGUUCCAUUUCCUGGACGAAAUUCGCCGCAGCAGACUUAGCGGAGGGAGUGUAUAAUGCCUUGAGGGAGAAGGAGGGCUUAAUUUCCCACCACUCUCUCCAAGAUGCUAAACUGUACAAGAAGGCAGGUUUUUACUACCCCCUGGGUCCUGACCCGAUUCCAUUUGAAGGGGAGCCUUCCCCUGAAAGGCCAAAGGCUCCUCCUGCUGCAAAGUCUCCCCCAGCUGUGAGCUCCUUCGGGGAUCAAGCCCAAGGCAGCUCCACUGCUUUGACUAUCCACAUGCUGGCAGCUGCCUUGAAAGCCCAUAUCACUCCUGCUACUACAUCCGGGGUCUUGGAGUUAUCCCACCCGGAUAGACUUGAUUGUGAGGGAGAAGAGCCUAGGGACCAGUCUGCGCUCAGGAAACCCAUAACGCAACCCCAGACUGAGGCGCCCAGUUCCUCGCCACACAUCGCAACCAGUCCCCAAGUAACGGAGGAAGAAGGGAUGAGGCAGAAAGAACCAGAGUCUUCCCCUACAGUAGAGAGGGAGGUUGAAGUGCAGACAGAAACGGAAGUCUCCCUCCCGGGGAAGGAUGAAACCGGAGAGCAGGGGAACGCUGAAGCUCCUUCAGAGAUGGAGAGAGAGACUGAAAGACAAUCAGAGCCGGAGGGACAGUGCUCCACGGCCACAUUCUCGGCCCCUAAUAUUCCCAUCCGGCGCAGGUUCACGCCACAAACUUACCCCGCUUUCGUAGAGGGUUGGGAAGGCUUUUCCCGCGGUUUGAGAUCCUUACAAGCUUCCCAUUGGACUAUCCAGGGGAAUCUAGAAAGGAUGAGGGGAUCAGUACAAGAACCCACAAUUCCCCAAGCUCGCCCUGAUCUUCUUGCCCUCAAUGCCCUGCACCUCAUGGAACAGGCCCAGCAAUCACUCCUCACUUUGACUGGCCCACCUUAAUUACGCCGGGCCCAACUCCCAUUAGCCCAAUAAUAAGAUGAUGCAACCCUAGUUUGCCUCGGGAAUCCGCAACUAACUCCCAAUCGGAUAAGCACUUUGACUACGCGUCCCUUGCGCUUCUCUUUUGGGAUUACUCGCCUAUUUAAGGGACUAGGCUGGACCCUUCCAAUAUCACAAUCAACUUCUCAACAUGGCUAAUAACGCCAAUAGAGUUGUCUUUAUUGA